AUGGCUAUGCAGGAUGAAGAGCAAAGGUUAACAGAAUAUGCUGCUGAUUCAGAUGAUGAGCCUAAAAAACUGACCAAAGACUCUCAUACCAGGUCUAAGAAAAAAGACCACAAGAAAAGUGACAUUGCAACUUUCUUCCAUCUACUGAGAGCUAACUUAGGCAUAUGGAUACUAACCCUUCCACUAGCUAUAAAGAAUGGAGGUUAUAUAUAUUGUUCCUUGUUUAUCAGUGCCAGGUUUAUUGUUUUGACUUUGUUUAUUGAUGCAGUUAGGUCCAAUAGGAAUGCUGAUAAUUGGUGGCAUGGCAACUUAUUGCUUGGGAAGGCUGGUGGAAAGUUCAAGAAUGAAGAGUCAUCUCUUACUUAUUCUGAAGCCAUGCAGCUUGCACUCCAAGAAAGGGAAGCUAGUCCAAGAAUAGUAUGGAUCGGAAAGUAUACCGUUAAUGUGUCUAUUUUGAUAUCACAACUUGGAUUCUGCUCCAUUUACUUUGUGUACUUUGGUUUGGUGUUGCAAGAAAUUUUUCAACAAGCUUUCUGUGUCUUUAUAUCAUACAAGGUGUUUGUCGCCAUUGCAAUCUUUCCACUUGUACUAUAUUCCUGUCUUGAUAAUCUUGCCCCCCUCUCAUUCCUUACCAAGAUAGCUCUCACCUUUGGACUAACUAUUGUCCUCUAUGAUGAAGUUCAUUGGUUCUACGACAAGAAAGCUGCUCUUAUCUCCAAUGAAGAGGAAUUAAAUGAAAUUGGUACUGUCUUCGGCAUUUCCAUGUUAUUAGGAACUACUGUGUUCACUUUUGAGAGGACUAGUACAAUACUCUCUUUGGAGAGUAAAAUGAAGACUCCGUCACAUGCAAAGCCUCUUGUUUACCUCUCCAUGUUUAUAGUGACACUAUGGUACACAUUCUUUGGUGUUUUUGGAUAUUUGACAUAUGGAGAGAACACAAUGUCGUCUGUUAUAAUGAACUUGUGUCCCCAAAAAAUUCCUAUCACCAUCUUGAUGCUGCUGAUCAAGCUUUUACUGAUUUUUAGCAUAUUUUUAUCUCACAGUAUUCAGUUUUAUAUACCAAUGAAUAUCAUUGAGCCUGAAAUUGUCAGACUUUUUACGCAAUUAGCUGAGAAAUUACCUCCAAUGCUUAUCAUUUACGAGGAUGCAAUGGAGAAAGCAGUACGAAUAAUAUAUAAAACUUCACUCAUUCUUUUUACAGCUAUUGUGGCAAUGUUUAUAUCAAACUUAGGCGAUCUUCUUACGCUGAUUGGAUCAUUAGCCAGCACUACAUUAGCUUUGAUAUUCCCAUCAAUCAUUCAUCUGUUAACUUUCUGGAAGGAAAGAGAAGAAGAUACAAAAGAAGAUACAAAGGAAGAUAAAAAAGAAGAAAGACAGAAGAAAACUUUUACUUGCAUCCCACUACUGUUUGUAAUAGAUAUUGCAGUUAUAAUGUUUGGUGUGAUUGUGUUUGCAUGUGGACUCAUUGCCUCCAUGUAUAGUACUGUGCAAGACUUUACACUGAUACAUGAUAUAUACAUUGCUUGUCCAGGUACUUGUAAUUUUAGUAAUCAUCAAAACUAA